UGGAAAAAUAUAUAUUGAGUUCUCUGCAUUGCCAAGUAUGUAAAUAUAGAUAUACUCAAUGCAGUCUCGUUGUUGCUAGCUUGUCUACAGUCGAAGCAGUUAUUGUGCUGUAGCCUCUAUGUUAUUUACAUUUGUUAAAAUAUAUAUUUUUAAACACAAGAAAAAAAAAAUGCACGGGAACUAGGUGCAGCAACAGACUGCUCUUCCUGAUAAGCGACGAGCAGCAUUCUCCGUCUGAAAGCACAGUGAAACCCCGGACAGCGCUAGGAUGUAGUCGGGAAGGAGAUUGCAAAAUUGACGUGUCCAUUAUACUGCCAGUCCACAGUGCUUCCAGUUGGUUGGAGGAAUGUCUCCAAUCAGUUCUUGAACAAGAUUUCUCUGAGAACAUGGAACUGUCCAUUUUCAGUGAUGCUAGUAAGAUUAUUGGUUGCCAGGUCAGGAGGGAGCCUGAAGGAUCCACUGAGCGCUACACCCGAUGGAUGAAUGGACUGACUCAAUCACAGCUUCUGACGCAGGUCUUUACCUCCCAUGGGCCCACUGUCAUCAUGCCUAGCUGGUACUGUGCCCGGGACUGGUUUGAUCAAAUUGGCAGGUUUAACGAGGGCGGCAAGGGUGUCCCAGAAGACCUGCUCCUCUUCUACGAGAGCCUUUGCAAGGGAGGGGGAGUGUCCCACGUGGACGAGGGCCUCCUGAUGUACCGCUAUCACUCCCAGGCAGCCACCCACUCUGUGCUCGAGGACACCAUCUGGUACCACCGAGUCACGUUCCUAGAAGAGAGGGUCCUGAGCUGCUGGGCUUCCUUCACGAUUUGGAAUGCUGGGAAACAGGGGCGGAAGCCAAUCAGAAAAAGGAUGUGGCUUUUUGUGAUGUCGAUGAAAAUAAGAUAAAUAAGAGGCUUUUACACGCACGAGGGGUCAAAGGAUAUGACAGGUGGCGGUUUGGAAGAAUGCCCGUGUUCCCUCAACCUGAAGGAAGGACAGGAAUACUUUAAUUUCAACUGAGAAAAAAAAAAAAAGAGGAUUGUCAUUACUCAUUUGGGUAGGGGUAAAGAGUAGCCAGCCACCAAAGCCGUAGGCUGGGCAUGACACAGAUAGCCGUUAUGCCCAUUCCAUUCCGCCUGUCUGUCUUAGUGGGGACGUACAUUGACCCCAGCACAGACCCAAAGGACACCUUUCUGCCUGUCCAUGUUGGAGAUAGGUCUGUGGUAUUUAAUAGCAGGGCAAAUGCAUUUACAGAGAAUGGUUAUGUUUUGAUGUGUUAGGAGAGUAAAACACUCCAGGGGCCUUUCUCAAACAAACUAAAUAUAGUCAGUAAAGAACAAUUAUUUAUAUUGAAGUUUCCAAACACGUUUUAUGUCGUUUUAUUUCAUGCUGAAAAAAAAUAUAUAAUCCUUGAAUGUAAUGUUUUUUUUAUGUUGCAGUUCCUUCUUUAGUAUUAAUCCUGGUUAAGCUCUGAAAUAAUAAAUAGCUGUCAUUGCUCUGUAGUCCAUUGGAAUGUAUUAAGAAUCUAUGGCUAUUAUGUAAAAGUUAUAGAACUAGAACAAAGAUAUCCAGAUAUAAUUCCUACGAAAUUCUAUUGGAACUUGGGUAGCACAGGGUGGUAUUUAUCACAUCUGAGUUAAAACAGACAGACAUCAAAACAAUGCUACCUGGAAAAACAAAAUAAAAAUGCAUUGAGUCUUUAUGGAUGACUUGUAGUCUGGGUACGUAAUUCUGACUGCUGUUUGUUAUGCUCCUGUCACUCAUGACAUAGUUCAUAAUUAUUAUUCCGUGACUGAAAUUGCUGUUGAAUGAAACGGAACUAGUGGAGCACUUUGUAUUGGCAGAAAAGCGUAUCUACGGCAAAACAAGAGAAGGAAACAUAAUAAUUUGUAAUUCAAGCCAGAAUGAAACUCUUCUGCUUGUUCAGGUUUAUCCAGUUUUCCUAAAAGUAGGUAGAUUUAUUGUUGAAUUAGUUUGUAUGUUGUUUAUCAGGAUAGCUAUUUUGAGAUAAAAGCUUUUUUCUUGUUUUAAAAGUGUCCAAAAUAACUGGAGUUUCCAGAUUUAUUUUUCAUUCAAAAGCUGCUCAAAGUACAUACAUAAAAAUAGUCACCUUUAAAAUCACACGCCAAAGUUGAAAUAUAUAUAUAUAUAUUAACUAUUCACCUUCUCUGUCAUCAGGAAACCUGAUAACACUUGAGUCAAAGGGAAGAAACCAACCAGCCAAUGCAUGACAUGAAUGUCCUAGUUUGGCAGGAUCUCAAGGUGCUGAGGAAAAAUCCUAUAUAAUACCACACACAUGCCUUGCCCUUAUGUCAUUUUGCGAUUCAAAACAGCCAUUCUCCAGCUACAACUUGCAUUAGUAGACUUUAGGCAACAGCCUUCUUUAACAUCACAAACUAUUUGUACUAUCUUGUACUGUGUUCAAUAGCCUAGACUUCUUUCUGUUUUUGCUAUUUUGGGAGGAAAUCCAGGGAAGGAUUAAAACAAGUUUCAUUUUUAGAAUAACUUCCUGCUUUACCUUUUUGUAAAUCCACUUCAUUCAGCUUGAGGUUUAAAAGCUAUGUUUUGGCAACAGGCGACAAAAUGCCCUGCCAGACGAGCAGCGUUUUGUUCAGUGAAAGACAUUAGAAGAGUGCAUCCUUUUAUUAAGAAAACCUUCUUUACUUGGUCACUUGCCAUGCAAACCCAUACAAAGUAGCUUUGGAAAGUCCACUCCAAGCUACGGUUGCUUAGUCUCAAAAUGCGCCUUCCUACCAAUUUUUAAAAAAAAAAAUACAUACAAGGGAUGAGGGAAUCACAAUCAUGGUAUCCUGUACAUUUACAUAAAUACCUCUGCUUUGACUAACUUCACAUAAAGACUACCCUAGUAUUAAACAGUUUCAGUGCAUUAUACUGCACAUUUCUAAUAAAAAAAUUGACAUUGAUUAGUUUUAGGGAUCUGCUGUUUUGUGUGAAGUUAUAUUUUUGUAGCCUGCAGUUUUUACUUACUUUUGCCAGAUGAUCUAUUGUGCCCAUUGUGACUCAAACUGACAUGCAACAAGGAGCUGUAGCUUUUAUAUAGUACAGAAUACACAUCAGGGAUGACAUCUGCAUAACAAAUUCAUCAGUCAUGUGAGGGACAGUUCAUUUACACAAAAGCAUAUGUUUUAGUGUUUGUCCAACCUGUAUUUUACCAUAACUCUCAUUUGGGCUUUGGGUUGAACUGUCCGACGAGAGAAAGAUGCUGUUUUUAUCACACAGCAGACGAAGUUUGCACAACACAUUUCAACAAUGCAGAACUGGCAGAACAAACAAUAUUUAAGAUGCAUGAACCGAACCGAUCUGAAAAUCAGUGUGACCUGCGCAUACCUGUACGCAAUAAAACAACAGACAGCAAAACAGAUCUGUCCAAAAAGAUUUUCAAAAGUCAUUAAAUCAUCAACUUCGGGGAACAUAGUUUAAUUAUUGCACAGUUAAGCAGUUCAAUUAGUUCAAACAAUUUCAAUUAGUAAUUCACCUGGUGGUUAAACAGCCAACCUCACUAAAAACUGCAGCCAAGGCCGGAGAAACUUUCACAUUGCUAACUACGUUAGUUUACUGUAUUACUUAGAAGCUGUUACAGUAACUGUAUUUACAGCCCUGACAGACACAGGGCAGCCCGAGAAAACUCUCACUUCAAGUUAUCACUUUGUUUUCAGGUUCUGUCAUUUGUCCUGUCUGCUCCUCUGUCUUACCAUGGUGUUUGCAUUCCUAUCACCUGCUUGUUUAAGGCCGUCUCUGACCGAGAUGUUUGCUGUCACUGUUAUCACCCCUUGGAUGUUUAACAGAUCAAUAUGAGGCUCCGUUGACGAACUGAGCCAAAGCAUCCAGCUUUAGUGGGCAAAGCUCUAUUUUAUCCAAAGUGCCCAGGCGGUUCUAAUAAAAGAGAUUCUCUGUAUUGCUUUAGUACUGUAGCUUUAAAAAAAUCUAAGUUUGUUGAAAUUGUUUAAAAAGUCAUUUUUUUCUUUAAUAACCCAUUUCUAAACCCACGCAUUGUUUUCCCUGAAUGUAUCUGAAUAUAGGCUAGAUGUAUACUUGGCCACAUUUCAUUUUCCUUUUGGGAUAUCUUUUAACGAAAACAUUGAUAUACUAAACUGUUUCAAUGUUGAAAACUCAAAACAUAUAGAAGUAAUUUUAGGUAAAACAAAACCAUGUGUUAAUGGUGGAUACAGUACAUAAUAAUAUAAUGCCUUUUUAUUUUAAACAUGUAUUGCAAUUUAAAUAAGCUGAUUGGCGCUGCUUUGAAAAAUAAAUCCUGAUCAGAUAUCAGAUAAUUAAACUGUUUACUAAAUAAAAAAGUGUCAACUUUUUUAAUUCAA